CAUUUUAGCUAACCCUAUAACCCAACCCUUUUUCCAACCUUAACCUAAUUAUCCUAACAUGCUGCGUAAAUUAUCAGAAUCUGCUGCGUAAAUUGUCCUAGCCUGCUACGAAAAGUGAAUUUUGACAAAGACUGUAUCCCGUCUAGUCAAAACCAGGAGAGCGAUGGAAAAGCGGGGGCUGGUCCAUCAUCCAGUUCUCAGCUAGUUGUGAGAAGCCGAAACGUGGCCAGAUUGAACAGGAAACCGACAGAAACGCUCUUUAGAACAACAUUGUCGAAGUUUACAGAGAUAUACCUACUAUACCAGCAGUCCUUAUUACUUUACACUCUAUCUGUUUUAACGUUUCUGUAGUUACACGUUUAUUACAGUGGUAUACUACAAUUUGUAGAUAUAACUCGUUUUAUUAAACAGGAAACGACACCUAGCAGCGCUCAUAUCCAAGCCGAAUUAGAUUAUUUUUUUAACCGGACACAUCUUGGCGAAUUCUAAACACUACAUCGCUCCAGACGGUUGGUUACAUUGUAACAGUUUGAUAAUGACAGACACGGUCAGCGGUUCGGAUAAAAGCCUGUCCUUCGAGAAGACGUGGGGCAGCUCCACCAGCAGCGGAUACUGCAGUGGGGACUCCGAUUCAGAGUUCGAGCAGUACUUCACUGCUCGCACAUCAUUCCUUCACAAACCCAAGAAGGAGAAGGAUGAACAGGUUGAAUCGGGGAAGCAGCAGGAUCUGUCAGUCACAGAGAUCCAGCAGAAGGUGAAGGAGUACAAUGCUCAAAUCAACAGCAACUUGUUCAUGAACCUGAACAAAGAUGGCUCCUACACUGGCUUCAUAAAGGUCCAGUUCAAGCUGCUACGACCCGUGUCAGUUCCCCCACCAAGAAAGGGUACUGCAACACAGGUUGGUGCGGGCAAGAAGACUGGGGGAGUUAAGCGUCGCACCUCUUUUUACCUGCCCAAGGAUACGUCCAAACACCUACAUAUCAGCUCCCGCACAUGUGCUCGUGAGGUCAUCGAAGCCUUGUUGAAGAAGUUCACCGUGGUGGACAACCCUGGAAAGUUUGCUUUGUUUGAGAGCACAAAGCGCCAUGACCAAGUAUUCCUGCGCAAGCUGUCUGACGACGAGAGUCCACUCCACCUGCGUCUGUGUGCUGGACCCAAUGACAAAGCCCUCAGUUUGGUGUUAAAAGAGAAUGAGACUGGAGAGGUCAACUGGGAUGCCUUUUCUAUGCCAGAGCUCAAGAACUUUGUUCGCAUGUUACAACGUGAGGAGGAGGAGCAUGUCAAGCAAAUAGUGCAGCGCUACGCACUAGCCCGCACCAGGAUGCAGGAGGCCCAAGCUGCUAGUCCCACCCCUGGUGGUUCCACCCCUGGCUGAGAAACCGCUUCCCUACGGGACUACCUGCACCUCUGACUGACAAUCAUCAGAAGAUGACCAGUCACUGCAUCCAAAGAUCCCAGAGAACACAACUCGACACCUCCCUCAAAGGAGGAGAAUGAAAGAGCGAAUGAGAGCGAGCGGGCGCAUGAGAGCGAGCGGGCAAGCGCGUGUGAGUGUGAGAGAAUCAGAAGUGCCAUACAACUGGAGAGAGUCUGUUGUGCCUGAGAGAGAAUGAGAGUUGAGAGAGAGAGAGUAUGUGAAACUGUGGCUGAUGAGAGACUGGCUUUGUCCAGUACUUCCUCUCAUUGUGGAGGUGCCAUUUGACUAUCCUGGGUAAGCUACCCGACUCGUAAUGUUCAUCACCUGUUAUUCUUGCUGGCAGCAGGGUCCAUCAUUUAUAGCUUUUGGGUAACAAAUCAAAAACGCCUGUUUCUCUCCCUUACUGCCAAGCAAUAGAAGGGAAGCCAACCUAUUAGCUCAGACAAAUGUUGAACAAAUUCAGAUACCGUCUGGUUCAGUAUCUCCAGGCCUUAAUGCUAGUCAGAAUAAUAAGUGAUGGACAUUAUGGGCCAGGUAAUCCAGGUUUCCAUUUGCCCCCAAUGCCUUCCAUAUACCUCCUGCACAUCCAUACUAUGAUGGAUGUUACUCUUUUUUGCUUUCCCUUUAUGAGGCUGAGUGGGAGUGCCCCGUGUGUUGGGAGCACUGUGAUUGUCAAUUGAGAGGACAAUCCCCAGGUCGAUUUAAUUGAUAGGGGAAUUGUCCUGAAACUUUGAACAGGAAGCUGUUGCUUUUUAUAGAAUGUUCGUAUGUUUGUAUUGUCUAUAUUUGUAUGUUCUUUGUGAUGUUCUAAAACUCUGUUAAAACAACAAAAUAAUAGAACUGAGAAUCUGUUUCAUAUUAUCAGCAUAUGUCUAUAUCUCUUGCAAUAAUAAUUUGACUGUCCUUGACUAUCCCCUUUUCAAUUUCAACAUUUUUAUGUUACAUCUGUCCAGUGUCAAAUAUUUGUUGAAAUAAUAAUAGAUUUGCACUGUUCACAUUAAACAAGUUCCUUCACAAAA